AUGAAAUUGUGUACAAUUCGAGAUAAGGUAUUAAGUAGGGAAGCCAAGGAGGCUAUUCUUGAUGAUGAAGGUGUUUUGAGGCGCAUUUGCAUUCCUAGGGUUAGUGGUUUGACUAAGUUGAUUUUGGAGGAGGCUGACAGUUCCAGAUACUCUACUCAUCCUUUGCUACAAAGAUGUCAAGUAUUUGCACCAGAGACCGGGUGGUAUGACUUAAAAAAUGCCCCCGAGUGGAAGUGGGAGAGGAUAGCUAUGGAUUUCAUGGUUGGUUUACCGAAGAAUUUGGACACGUUUGAUGCCAUUUGGGUUAUUGUUGAUAGGUUGACUAAGUUCGCACACUUCAUUCCAGUUCAGACUACCUACAAUGCGGAGAAGUUGACUAGGAUCUACAUCAGAAAGAUAGUCAGAUUGCAUGGCGUACCUAUUUCUAUCAUUUCAGACCGAGGCACUCAGUUGACUUCCUAUUUUUGGAGGACUUUGCAGAAGGAAUUGGGGACUCAGUUGGACCAUAGUACCGCUAUUUACCAGCAAAUCGAUGAUUUGUUGAGAGAGUACUUAGACAAGGUGAAGAUAAUUCAUGAAAAGCUUCUUGCAGCUCAGAGUAGGAAAAAGGAGUACGCAGAAUGGAAGGUACGAGAUUUGGAGCUCAUGGUUGGUGACCAGGUUCUAUUGAAGAUUCUUCGACAUAUUGGUGAGGUGGCUUGUGAGUUGGCUCUGCCACCAGGCUUGGUGGGUGUUCACCUGAUGUUCCAAGUUUCUAUGUUGAAGAAGUAUCAUUCAGAUAGGGUCGAUCAGAACCUGUCCUUCGAAGAAAAGCUGGUAGCGAUAUUGGAUAUGCAGGUGCGAAAGUUGAGAUCAAAAGAGAUAGCUUCAGUGAAGAUGCAAUGGAAGCACCAUCCAGUUGAGGAGGCAACAUGGGAGAUCGAGGAUGAUAUGUGUAGUAGAUAUCCCCAUCUUUUUACUGACUCAGUUAACUCCUUUCUCUGUUUCUCUUUUUCCGUUUGA